AGGUUGGGUGGUUUUCAGAGGGUUUUGGCGAUCAGGCAUUGUUGAUAGACAGAUAAAGGAGAGAGAAAGCAAACAUUUUUAGAGAGAGAAUUCUUAAUUCUUAAUUUUCAUUUUGUGAGUUAAAAAAAAAAAGAAAAUCAUGGAUAGAAAUUGGAAAACGUGAAGCAAAAUUUAGAAUUUUCUUAGUAAUCUCCGACCAAUUUUGCAAAUCUUACCCCACUUAAAUUUUCUGGGUUUUUCCAGCCAUUCCCAAUCAGACUAAGAUUUUACAGGCGAAUUGGUUGAUGCUGAUAGUAGCAUUGAAUUGAAGACUCUUUUUGGUAUGUUCUCCUCCAUAUGUUGCAGAAGAGGUUGUUAGAUUACGGAUUCAGUGGAUAUCAGGUGCCUUUCAUCCCUAGAGCUGCUAGGUCUGCUAGGAAGAGAGGCUUAAUUCGAGAGAAAGCUGCGGACAAUCUGUCUGCAUUUGAUUUACUGGCUACUGUAGCUGGGAAAUUGCUCGAAGGAGAAAGUUCUCAGCACACACCAGACGAGAAAGAUCAGCUCGGCAAUGCUCAAGAUGUCGUCAUGCAGGAGCAAGAUGAGGGAAAUUUGUGUGUGAAAGAUGAGCAUUGUGAUAAAGGGAUUAAUUUGGAGAUUGGAUUACAAGUUGAGGAUCAUGAUUGCAUUGUGAAGGAAAUUUCAGGUCCUCGAAAUGAUGCUUCUCCAGCUCCGGCUUCUGUAAUAACCUCGUCUCAUUGCCUAGAGAAGGAUGAUUUUCUUGUUAAGAUGGAUGUGAAUGAUGACAAGAGUGAUUUCUGCAGUCAUUCCAGGAACACAGAGGGAUAUGCUCCUGGUCAUACAGAUUCUAGUAUUCGUAAUGGAAAUGAAUCUCCAGAAGAACAUGAUGGCAAAGGAGAGAUACUGUCAGGCAAUGGGCUUGAUAUGCACUGUUCAGAGGAUCCUGAAUUUUUCGAUGGGGAUUCUCCUGCAGUAGCCAGUUCAGAUUGUAGUAUCAAACUGUCUUUGGGCGUGGAUCACUACCCUUGUAGGGAUAAUAAUAAUGUAAAAGUAGUUACUAGAGAUGAUGACGAAAAUUCUUCUGAGUGUACUCAACCUAGCACAAUGAAAGCCGCUAGGUUGCCUGCACGUAUAGGUGAUCGUAGAAUAAGGAAGCUGCUGGCUUCCAAGUAUUGGAGAGUAAAGGAUGGGGAUCAUUCCGAUACUGGAUUACGCUGCAUUUACCGUAGCAGGAGGACUGGUUAUAAACGUCAGAGAUCUCAGAGGAUCUAUCCUUUCAAGAAGAGGAAGUUCUAUCACUAUAGCUCAUUAUCUAAUUCUGACGGAGAUACUGGAUGUAAAGCCAAUGGUUCUUCAUCAUGUGUUGCUGGCCAGAGCACAUCCUUUGCAUCCAGGGAAUCCCACGUGAAGCUGAGGAUCAAGUCCUUUAGAGUGCCGGAACUUAUUAUUGAGAUGCCUGAGACAGCUACUAUUGGUGACCUUAAGAGGUCGGUAUUGGAAACUUUGACUGCCUUAAUUGAAGGUGGACUGCGUGUUGGGGUGCGCCAUCAAGGAAAAAAGAUCAGAGACGAUAACAGAACACUUGUGCAGUCUGGUAUCUGUCAUGAUGACAACGUAGAAUCUCUGGGUUUCAUUCUGGAGCCCAACCCUUCACAUAUCAGUACACCUGUUUCUUCUGACAAUUCUCUCAUGCUCUCUACUGAUGUGCCUCAGCCUGUAUCAAGGUGUCCUAUUACGAGUGCAAAUAAUGACGGAGCUUAUCAUGAUCAUAUGGUGACGAAUUUGGGCAAUUUAGUAGAAAGUGAUCAUGAUUCAGCUCCUUCACCUGCUGAAACCACAGCAGAGAAAGGUGCAGUAGAUUUCCGAGCUUUAGUUGCCCUUCCUGAGGGCACCCCACAGGCACUGGCCGUAGUUCAAUCUCAUCAAAAAUCUAAACGAUCUGAGAUGGCACAACGUAGAAUUCGUCGACCUUUCUCUGUAACCGAAGUUGAGUCUUUAGUCCAAGCAGUCGAGAAGCUUGGCACUGGAAGGUGGCGGGAUGUUAAACUAAGAGCAUUCGAUAAUGUGAAGCAUCGAACCUACGUUGAUUUGAAGGAUAAGUGGAAAACAUUGGUGCACACGGCAAGAAUAUCCCCUCAGCAAAGGAGGGGAGAGCCUGUUCCUCAAGAUCUGCUGGACAGGGUGUUGGCUGCCCAUUCUUACUGGUCUCAACAGCAAGCUAAGCAACAGCUCAAACAACCAUCCGAUGCCUGCCUCCUCCUUUGAAACAAUCAAGAACAUAGGAGGCUACUGGCGGCGGAUAUUGUGGAUUUUAUAUAAAUAUAUACUCCGUAGAAUGAACAGAUCAUACAUUUCAGUUUAGAUAUGGUAUGUCCAGAUUUUAAUUUUCCUUUCUGACAUUAUAUUGAUGAUGAUGAUGAUGAUGAUGAUAAUGGUGAUGAUGAUGAUGACGACUAUGAAUGAUUGUGAUGUAAAAAGUAGUGACAGGGGAGGAGUGAGAUUGAAGCUGAAGGUGUUCCCUAUGAAUCCAUGUAAUAUCUCUAUUAUGGCUCAUUUGCCACGAUCCACGUCUUUUCCUUGGUUGGGGAAAGGAGGGGGAUUGCUCGGCGCUUGUAAAUGGUUGACGGAAUAAGAGCUUUGCUAACGGAAUUCGUUGGGCACUCCAUUUCCUCACUUCUUUUCCCAAAUUGGAGGGUUUAUUUUUAUUUUAAUUUUAAUUUUAAUUUUUAAUUUUUAAUUUUAUGGAAAUAGGAAGAGAUGGGUUAUAGGAGUAGUUUUAGAUGAUUCACUUGUUAGUUGGUCUUUGAAUUGUAGCUGGUCUUACGUUGUUGUUAUUGGCUGGUUUUAUGGUCAAGGCUCAUUUCACAUGUAAGGUUUAUGUAAUUGAAUAUUGAGUUGAAUUGUACAAUUGGUUUCAUUUCUUACUCAAA